AUUGCAGUGCGGACGAGGCUAAGAUGCUUGAAGGAAUUGUUGAAGACAUCUCAAGCCGGUUGGCUUCUAUGCAAGCAACUUCUUUCGAAGAUUUAGUUGGCGGAGUUCCUCCACUUGAUGGAUAUGAACGUUUCGUGAUUCGAGCAUCUCAGCUCGCUCAAGGUCUUCCUUUAGCCCUGGAAGCUUUUGGCUCAUCUCUCCGUGGAGCGACCUCUAUAGACGAGUGGGAAGAUGUAAUAGACACGCUUGAAACAGCUCCUCACCAGAAUAUCAUGGAUAUUUUAAGAAGUAGCUAUACCAAUCUGGACCUACGAGACAAGAUCAUUUUCAUUAGGGGGACAGAGAGAAUCGAAGGCAUGACACUACAUAUGUGUGAAUUUCCCCGGGCAGCAUCCAUAGAUGGGAAUGCUUUUGAGCAGAUGAAUAAUCUCAUAUAUCUCAAAUUCUUCAAACACCUAGAUGACAGAGAGUCCAAGCUGAAUAUCAAUUCAAAGAAUUGUAUGGUACUUCCUCACAGCCUUAGGCUAUUGCAUUGGGAUGCAUAUCCAUUAACAACCUUGCCUCCCACAUUUCCUCUGAGACGUCUAGUUGAACUUCAUCUGCGUUACAGCAAUCUGGAGAGCCUUUGGGAUGGAAAAAUGUCGCUUUUGGAGUUGAGGAUGCUAGAUGUCACUGGAUCUAAGAAUCUGACCAAACUUCCAGAUCUUUCAAGGGCACAAAAUCUUGAGGAGCUGAUUGCUAAAGGCUGCACAAGGUUGGAGCAAAUCCCGGAAACAAUUAGUAGCUUACCUUCACUGACGAAACUUAAUGUAUCCCACUGUGAUCGCCUCAUCAAUCUUCAGAUGAUUAUGGGAGAAUUGCCUGCCCUUCAAAAACGCAGCACAAGGCUUUUUCAGCAGGCUGCAUUGAGUUUCCCAGAUGCUGUAGUUACACUGAACUCUCUUACGAGUCUAGCCAUCCAUGGCAAAUUAAAUAUUUGGUUCUCGCAUCUCCGAGGAAAGGCAGACUACCUCUCCUUUAGUUCCGAGCAAUGGAUCCCUAACAAAUUGCUGAAGACAGUAGAAAAGAUGCCUAAGCUCAUGUCUGAGUUUUACGGAUUUAAAUCACUAGACAUCAUGCAGUCCAUCUACCGCAAGGACAGUGCCUCUUUCCAGUGUUAUAGCUUUUCAGAUUUCUUCUGCUUAACCGAGUUAAAUCUCAUUAACCUAAACAUCGAAAGCAUCCCAGAUGACAUUGGCCUUUUGCAGAUCCUACAAAAACUGGACCUCAGCGGAAAUGAUUUCACAGGCCUACCCACAAAUAUGGAAAAUCUUUCUAGUAUGAAAUCUCUCAGGCUUUGCAACUGCCUCAAACUUCUAACACUGCCAAAAUUACCUCAACUGGAGACGCUCAAACUUUCUAACUGUACGCAUCUCGAAACACCACUAGGACCUUCAGCUGCCAGAGAAGAUGAGCGUAGAUACCGCUUAGCUGAGCUUUGGCUUGACAACUGCAAUGAUGUUUUUCAAUUGUCAGAUACGUUAAGUCAUUGUACCAAAUUAACAUACUUGGACCUCAGCGGAAAUGAUAUGGUGACGCUGCCUGUAACUAUCAGAUUGCUUACGCUGUUGAAUACUCUAUGCCUCAAUGACUGCAAGAAACUCAAGUCAAUGGUACAACUUCCACCACACCUUACAUCUCUCUAUGCACGUGGCUGCACUUCCCUGGAAAUUAUUUACCUUCCCUUGGAUCAUUCCAUAAAACACUUUGAUCUUAGCUACUGCCCCAAAUUGAAUGAAGUUGGGAAUCUGAUCAAUCGAUUUCUGAAAUGUGGACGAAAGGAAGAGGUGUCUCAGCGUUUUGCCUGCUUCUCUGGAAGUAGAGUGCCCAUCUACUUCGACUAUCAAGCAAGCGAAUAUUCCAGAGAAAUCAGUUUACCCCCGAUUUGGCAUGCCUCUGAGUUUGUGGGUUUUGAUGCCUGUAUCAUAAUUGCUUGCCAGAGUCCUUAUCACAUAAAGCUCUCGUCAUCUUCUUAUAGCUGUAAACAGGAAGAUAACCAGUCCUACCGAAUUAACCUCAAGCCGGAUUUCGUUCUCCCACCGGAGAGUAAUCGUAGCAGCAACGACGGAGAUACAUUCUCAGCACAUCACAUGUUCAUCUUCCACGUUCCAAGUAACAUGGACUUCAACGAGUUUAGCCUUGAGCCAAAUCUUGUAAUUUCAGAAGAGUUUCAGUCUACACCGGGCAGAAUAUUAUCGUAUGGAGUUCGAGUAAUACUCAAGACUGAAGAGAAUGAUCGAAACUACGACAUAAACUGCGGAAACCUAUCCAAAAAAAGGAAAAACAGAUAUGUUGACAGAUCAGGGAUAUGUUCAAAGCGCGUUGUCGUCGACGCGCGCCACCACAUGCUUGGUCGUCUUGCGUCGAUCACCGCUAAAGAGCUUCUCAAUGGCCAGAAAGUUGUCAUUGUCCGGUGCGAAGAGAUUUGCCUCUCCGGUGGACUCGUUCGUCAGAAAAUGAAGUACAUGAGAUUCCUUCGCAAACGUAUGAACACUAAACCUUCUCAUGGACCAAUUCACUUCCGUGCUCCUUCCAAAAUCUUCUGGCGUACCGUUCGCGGUAUGAUUCCACACAAAACGAAGCGUGGUGCUGCUGCAUUAGCUCGUUUGAAGGUAUUUGAAGGUGUUCCUACUCCAUAUGAUAAGAUCAAGAGGAUGGUUAUUCCUGAUGCUCUCAAGGUGUUGAGGCUUCAAGCUGGUCACAAAUACUGUCUUUUGGGUCGUCUUUCUUCUGAAGUUGGGUGGAACCAUUACGAUACCAUCAAGGAGCUGGAGACAAAGAGGAAAGAGAGAGCUCAAGUGGUUUACGAGCGAAAGAAGCAACUUAACAAACUUAGAGUUAAGGCUGAGAAGGUUGCUGAAGAGAAGCUUGGAGCACAGCUCGAUAUUCUUGCACCAGUCAAGAACAUGACGACUCAUGAGUCGCAGAUCGGACUCGCCUUGAUCUCCGAGCAACGUUCAAGUCACUAUAAGAAGAUAUUCAAUUCGUUAGGCUCACCACCUUCUACUGAUGCAAUCCUGAUCAUCGAUCACGACGACGGGGAGGAGGUUUCGUCAGACUUUAAGCCGAAGGAUGACAACGAACUAAGUAACGUGGUCAAGGGGUUACUUAAGUCGAAGGAUGACGACGAUGCUCAAUACAGAGUAGAUUGGUUGUUUUCGUCUACUGAUAUACACGAGAAAAGGACGGAGAAGAAGACGAAGAAGAAGAAUGAAGAUGAGAGAUUAAUAUCAACUCCUCCAGAGUUUGCCAUGGGAAGCGUUUGAUCGACAUGCGAUAUUAGGUCAGUGGCUAUGAAUUAAAUCCAUGGCUUGGUGGCUGCAUCGACGUUAUGACUGUUUUCUUCUUGUAUUCGUUAAUUGCUUGUCUACUUAUGUAAAUUAACGUUCCUACUUGCGAUGAAUUAGUGUUCCGACUUGCAAAUUAAUUCUAAAGUGCCAU